GGACAACUGGUAGGUACAUACCAGGUUAAGUACCUACCUAACUAUAAUUCCUCAUCCAUGAUAUGGAUAUUUGUUAUUUUUCAGAGUUGUAAUUGCUAGAAAUGCCGACCCAGUAGGUGCUUUUUCAUAAGAAAAACACUUACCGUUCGUCAUAUUUAUACAACUUCGGAAUGGGGUCCUACAAUCAGAGCUCUAACCCACCCAACACAAGGGGCGAUGUGUUGGGAAAGAGCGGCAUUUCGGCAGCAUUUGGUCAGAGAGCGCUUCAACAUUUUGACUUUGAUCCGGAAUAUCGCAAUUUAAAUCAUGCCUCUUUCGGGGCAAGCCCCAGUGCGAUCAGAAAGAAGCUCUGCCAGUUUCAGGAUCUGGCUGAAGCAAUGCCUGAUCAGUUCAUCCGCUAUCAAGCUCCCGAUUUUCUGAACGAAUCUCGGGAAGCCGUGGCGGAACUACUCAACGCCCCUACGGACACGGUAGUGCUUGUUCCAAACGCUUCUGUUGGAGUGAACACCGUUUUACGGAAUAUUACCUGGAACGAGGAUUCGAAGGAUGAGAUCCUAUACUUCAGCACCAUAUACGGAGCAUGCGGUAAAACUAUCGACUAUAUGGUAGAUUCGAGUCAGAACCGCGUCUCGGCGCGGGAAAUACGGUUAAGGUACCCGCUCGAGGACGACGAAGUCAUUGCCGCCCUCAGGGAUGCGAUAGAGGCUUCUGCUAAAUCUAUGAAACGCACGAGAGUUUGCUUAUUCGACACGGUAUCGAGCCUCCCUUCUGUGCGCCUACCCUUCGAACGGAUUACGGAAAUCUGCAGAGAAGCCGGGAUACUGAGUCUAAUCGACGGGGCGCAGGGGGUCGGGAUGAUCGAUAUCGAUCUGAAAGCACUUGAUCCUGAUUUCUUCGUCUCAAAUUGUCAUAAGUGGCUUUACGUACCUAGGAGUUGCGCCGUCCUCUACGUCCCGUUGCGAAAUCAGGCGAUAAUAACGUCGUCGCUACCGACUUCUCAUGGGUACAUCCCCAAAUCAGAAACGGGCAGGAGGUUUAACCCAAUGCCGAAGCAAAAUAAGAGUGCCUUUAUCAACAAUUUUCAAUUUGUCGGCACACUGGACACGAGCGCCUAUCUUUGCGUAAAGGAUGCAAUCGAAUGGCGACGGCGGAUCCUCGGCGGCGAGCCCAGGAUAAUAGAAUAUACCCAAACACUAGCAAGGGAAGGGGGUAAGAAGGUAGCAUCUAUUCUCGGAACAGAUGUUCUAGAUAAUAAGUCCGCAUCAAUGUCGAGAUGCGCGACCACGAACGUUGCUUUGCCUUUGAGACCCGGAGAGGCAGCGAGGGCCCCGGAAUGGAUGAUGGAGACGAUGAUAUCCGAUUACAAGACAUUCAUCCCUUUGUUCUCACACAGCGGCCGUUUGUGGGCUAGGAUAAGCGCACAGGUUUAUCUUGAUAUUCAAGAUUUUGAAUGGGCAGGCCGGAUGCUCCUCGAGCUCUGUGAGAGAGUAGGGAAGGGUGAGGAUAUUGGAUGGGAGCAUGAACAUCUGCGAAAAUGGAUCCCGAUUAUGGGGCAGAUUCCACUAUAAUUUAAACCAAUCAACGCAUUCAUAGGUACCGAGUACUUAUAGAUAUUUACAUUUUGGAAGUUAAUCACAAGUUAAUAAGUCGC